GGUCAGCAGUGUCUCCGCCGUCUGCCAUGCGCCGUGCGAUCUGUUCCAACUCUGCGCGCAGGUGCGCGAGCUGUGAACAGACUGCCGGCUGCGCGUUCCUACUCUGCCAUCUCCAAAGCAACCUCCUCUGGACUCAUGGGCCAGGCGUCGAGGCGUCCUGGGCAGCUCUCCACACAACAGCUAUGGGGCGUCCAACAGACACGAAGCUAUGCCGACACCGUCGUCAAGGUGCCGCAGAUGGCCGAGUCCAUCACCGAGGGAACUUUGAAGCAAUGGUCAAAACAGGUCGGCGACUACGUUGAGCAAGAUGAGGAGAUUGCAACCAUCGAAACGGACAAAAUCGACGUUUCCGUCAACGCGCCCGAAGCUGGAACCAUCAAGGAGUUCCUGGUCAACGAGGAAGACACGGUGACAGUCGGCCAGGAACUGGUCAAGCUCGAGCUUGGUGGCGAGCCCUCGGGCGGCAAGCAGCAGGAGGCCUCGCAGGAGCCCAAGGAGGCUGCAUCAAAGGACCAGGAGACAUCGUCGCAACCUUCUGGUGAACAGGAGCAGUCAAAGCCCCAGGAGAAGCAACCUGAGCAGCCCAAGCAAGAGUCAAACCCCGAGCCUCCUAAGCAGGAGCAAAAAGCUCAGCCACCCAAAAAGGAA